GACCAGUGUAAACAGAAGCAAGCCCAGCUCACUUGUUUGCUUGGACGGUUGAGUUAGGGCAUGGCUUUCGCAGAGCUCUCAUCACUGACCCCUCACCGCCGGGACCUCUGCAGCCGCUCUAUCUGGCUAGCAAGGAAGAUGCGUUCAGACCUGACGACUCUUAUGGAAUCUUACGUCAAUCAUCAGGGCCUGAACAAGAACAUCAACCUGGACUCUGUGGAUGGAGUGCCAGAGGCAAGCACUGAGGAGUGGAGUGAGCUGACAGAGGCAGAGCGGCUCCAACAGAACCUCCAAGCUUAUCGAACCUUCCAUGUCAUGUUGGCCAAGCUCCUAGAAGACCAGCAGGUCCACUUGACCCCAACUGAAAGUGACUUCCAUCAGGCCAUCCAUACCCUUCUACUCCAAGUUGCUGCAUUUGCGUACCAGCUGGAGGAGCUGAUGGUGCUCCUGGAACACAGGAUCCCCCCAGCCGAGGCUGCCAGGGCGCCUGCUGCUGCCGGAGACGGUGGUCUCUUUGAGAAGAAGCUGUGGGGCCUAAAGGUGCUGCAGGAGCUUUCCCACUGGACAGUGAGGUCCAUCCAUGACCUUCGUGUCAUUGCUUCUCCACAGACGGGGGUCCCAGCACACGGCAGCUAACAACCAGGAAAAUGCAGCCGUUACCCCUCUCUUUGCUUUCUUUUCUAAUGGAGUGUGCAUAGCUCUUUCCAAACAUCUUAACUUUUCGAAAGCCACGAACAUUUUCAUCAAGUAGGGUUGGAGACAAUGAGCAAAUAGAGCAUCCGUUUUUAGUCUGGGGUGCUAUGUGAAUGAGUGAGUGAGCGAGAGAGAGAGAGAGAGAGAGAGUGUGUGUGUGUGUGUGUGUGUGUGUGUGUGUGUGUGUGUAAGGGGGGCCCAGGGACAGUCACCAGGAAUGGUUGCCGCUCACCACAGUGCCCUCUAGCUAGCAUAUUUAGAGGAGGAGUAUAUUUUUUAACUCUAGUUCUAGAAGACUCUUCUGAGAAAACUAAGUUAAUGAAUGAAGAAUCCUGGACUUCUCUUGCCAAUUCAAACUUGGAUAAUAAAAAUAAUAAGUAACAUGGACUGCCUUAAUAUAUCCAGGCACCAGGCCCCAGGCCCCAGGGGCUUUACGUAUAGUGUAUAUAAUUUUCACAACUCUACUGAGAUGUUUGGCAGAUGAAAAAACCGGCCCUCAGAUUUUUAACUGGGUCAAGGUCUCACAGCAGGUGGCACACCUGCGUUUGAAUCCAGAGUUUAGUCGUUCCGAAGCCUCUGCCUACUCGGGGCCUGAUCACAAGCCUAUGUGGCUGUACCUUUUUACCAUGAAGAAGAGGAAGAUACACCUGGGCAACUCAUUCCCAGCACUGAAAAAAGCCAUCCCAGUUACUUGUGUCAAUAGGUCAGCCACACGGUUUUAUUAUUGAAAACACUGGCUGCCCCUCCUGGCAAACAGCAGUUAGGCGCCACCAGACUAGUGACCUUGAGCAGCUAGAGACCUGUCAUGCCCACUGAGGUUCUUGAGCCCUGGGCUGGGCACAGCUUCUCUCGGGUUACCUCACAUUGACUAUAAUGGGUCAUGCAGUGAUAAAGGCCCUGUGACCCAGGUGUCCAUGUACAGUGGAUGGAAUACUACUCAGGUUAAAAAGUCUCAAAACUCCUUCGCUGCACAUUCUCUGGACUUAGUCAUGAGGAGAGGGUAAGGUCUACUCGGUCCCCACUAGGAAUGCCAACGAUUUUGAAAGUGUACAGUGAGACCACCCUGUUGUACCACAAAGGGACGGCCUGGCAGGAGGAAGGGGGGAGGGGAGGAGCCUGGCCUGUGAGGCUAUCAAUGCCCUACGCAGUCUUAUGCACCAAGGGCGUGCUGUAAAUCUAGAAGUUCCCACGGGUGUACUAUACACUGCCAAUUCAUUAUCAUGGAGUGUGUCCCAAAUCACACUGGGGGUCGGAAUUGGUUUUGUUUUCAUUAUCCGAGGCUCCUGUUGAAUUGUUGAGUGCCACAACUGGCUUCAGUGAGCCACAACCCCAGGUGACUGAGGGGAUUCCAAGGUUGCACCCCAAGUUGACUUGAGUCCUUUCUCGACAUGGAUUAGCAUCCCAAGCUGCACCAAGUCUAUUUCCGCGAGGACUCACAGUUAAGCACUGUGGCCCCUGGUAUACAAGGAAAGUAAGGUUCUGUGCAAGUAAGGCUGCAUAUAAAAUAAGGUGCUGCAGUGGAUUGUAAGGCACAGGUUUUUGGCGUUACUGAGUUCAAAGGAAGGCUAUCACUGAGGGCCAGCUGGGGCUCAGAGGCUGACAGCGUACAAAAGGGAAAUCAAGGGUAAAAGCAGGAAUAGUUCAAGUUAAAAGUGAGUGAGGUCUUGAUACACAUUCUGGGUCCUGCUAGUUGUAGAGUUUAGUUUUAGUUCAUAAGUGACGAUACAGGUAAUGUGGUCCCCUAUUGAAUCCAUAAGGGCUCAUUUCAUUCACACGUGUCUCUUUUGCAGCAUUCUCGAUAGUCACUGUCUCUGCUUAUGAAUGCGAUGGUCAGAUUUAUCCGGAUAGUAUUUUAGGCUCUUUUAUUUCAUAGAGAAGGCUGUGGCGAAGAUUCUUUACUGAAAAAUGGUCAAUUAUGAACUCACUAACUGAAAGGUGUUCCCCCUGUCUGAGGAAGUGUAUAACCAGCAGAUGUGGCAGGGCAGAUAUCCACGGGGAUUUCAGAAAUCUCAGGACGGGCUGAAAGUCGGCUGAGUUGUCUGUGAGGCGGAUUUGAUGUGGCAGAGGGUCCAGAAAAGGUAGAAGAUACUAACCCCUGAAAGAGACUCAGUAGAGAAAAGAGGAGUUUCAGUUAGGUCACAAAAAUAGCAAGUGUUGCCUGAGUGCCAUCGCAGCAGGCUGCAAACUAGAGCUCAGUUUCUCCCUCUAGAAACGUGCAAUAAGCCUCUCAAGAAGUUUGGGGCAGACACCCGGUAGGGGACAAAAGCAAAGGAGAAAUGGACAUAGGCAUGUAUGAGAUCUGACGGUGAUGACUGUGACAGGGUGUCUAUCUGGAAUGUCUUAAGGCUGACAAAGCAUUGUACUUGCUGCGUGUCUUCUAGUAGGGGUGAUGGAGACAUUGGAGGUAUAUUCAUGUAUUUUUUUAAGGACUCAACUCAAAAGGACAUGGUUCUUAAAAUUGAGGGGGUCAACACAUUCAUGGAAAAAUUCCAUUAUCUUUUCCUUUUUUCCUGAACAUUUUGAAACCCCUUCAUGUAUAUGUAGCUAUAUCGUGAGAGUUCUUUAAAGGUAUGCAAAUUAAAUUCCUACCCUCUCCCUCA